GAAAUGAGUCUCAACUGACUCCCUCCAUAGACACAUGGAAGAUGGCUGCUCCAAGCGCUUCGAUAUAGAAACGGUCGACUUUCGGCCACAGACUUACAGCACCAGCGAUCCCAAUCAGAUGAGGCUCGCCUCGCGACCUCCGAAUGUGCAAUUGAGACAGGCAGCAUACAAUCCAUCAGCUCCGUACCCUCCGCACCCUGGCGGUCCUGUCAACCAAGGCCCACGGGACAACUCUCUCACGUCAGCCGGGGGGCCAUACCUGGAGAGACAGGACUACAUGACAGGAGACGGCAGCCAGAACGCAGUGUGGACGAAUUGAUUUGGCAAGCGGCAAGUGAGGAUGUUCAAUUAAUGAAAAUGCCGGCGGAGUUGUGGAGGCGCCGUCGGCCGCUCUCGCGACAGAUGAGGUGGGGAACGCCCUGAGGGGUAAGCGCGACAGCUUCGAAUGAAGCAAAAUGUACUUGAUAGGAGGAGAGGCAGAGAUUCUUGGCAUUUCGCGCGGUGUUCUCGGCGUCACAUUCUCCGUAUGAUUAUGACUGGGGGUUCAUGGUUUUUUUUUUUUUCUUUUACUUUUUCUCUUCAGGAUAUACCCCUCUUUGGCAAGCAAUGUACGAUGGAGCUCAUGUCGGUAAGGAAUUUUGGCAAUUGGGUCGAGCAGAUCGACAGUUAUGCGAAGCAGGGGCCAAGGGCUGAAGGAGCAGGGGCCAGGGUGGGAGCCUGGGAGCCUUGGACGAGGAGUCGCAGACGCUUGGACGGAAGGGUGCAUUUUCACGAACCAGCCAAUGAGAGGGCGGGGCGAGCUCGAGGGCGGAUUGGGCAUAGCGUGAUCAGCACGUCAGCAGCGCCGGGCCAACAGCCGCCGGGCAUAUUUUGCAUUGUACGUUGUACGUUGUACGUUGUACGUUGUAUUAGAGUGCAAGGUAAUGAGAGAGAAAGCCGAGAAAGGCCAGCCACACAUCGGUCAGUCGUUGCCUCAGGAUCGAGUGAGUGAAGUGCCCCGGUGUGGACGAGCGUCUAUUCGGCGCUACCAUGCGGGUGAGAUGGUGAG